AUGCAUACCUCCAUUCUCUCCGCCCUGCCGCUGCUCAUGCUGGCCAAGCUCGCCGCUGCCGGCUGCGAAACCCACACCUACGGAACAUGCGAAGACAAUAUUGUUCACUGGUACGACCCGAACACCGGUGAGAUCUGCGACCCUCUGGACUGUGGCGGUGGUCGUGCUCCCGUCAAGUACAACGUCCCGGGUUGCGCUGCCUACACUGGCACCGAGACUCGCAAGACCGAGCCCUCGUACAUGCCCUGCUUCUCCAAGACUGCCGGAGUUGGCAAGGCUGCCUCUACUCUGGCGACAGUCUCUUCUGCCCAGACCACGACAGAAGCCAGCACCGCAUCCCAGACAACAACGGCUGGCUCGAUUGCUUCUUCUAUGAGCGUAGAGAGCACAUCUGCGCAGCCCACGUCGACAGCUUCGGAAUCAUCGUCCACCUCCGCUUCCACUUCGGUCUCUUCCUCUGCCUCGACCUCUGCUGCUACCACGCCAUUAACAACUCCCGCCCCCGUUCCUUCAACCUCCAAUGCUGCACCCAGCAACGGCACGAUCUCUGCUACCAGCGCCUCCGUUCCUCCAAAUGCCGGAAACAACAUGCGCGGUUCAGUGGCCGGCGUUCUCGCCGUGGCGCUCGCCGCCGCCGCUUUCAUUUAA